AUGGGUUGCAUAUCUUCCAAAAAAUUAGAUGAUGAUAAUGGUAGUAGAAAAGUUGAAAUAAGAAUUAUAAAUGUAGAUGAAGCUCAUAAAGCGAUACCAGAUAAUAAUUCAGAUAUUUCAGAGAAAUAUCCAAUGACUUCAAUAAAGUAUUAUGGUAAUGAUAGAUUUAAGUUACAUCAUAAUUUGUAUAGAUAUAUUUGGCAAAGUAAUUUUUCUUCACCUGUCGAAGAAAGAUUAUCAUUACCGGAUGUUAAAGUCUUGGAUGUAGGUUGUGGUCCCGGAACGUGGAUAUUAGAAUUGGCCAAAGAAUAUCCGAAUGCAUCAUUCACUGGUAUCGAUCAUCGAACCCUAUUUAAAGCUGAACCCCCAUCAAAUGUAACAAUAGAAUAUAAUGAUCUUUUGACAACUCUUCCAUUUAAUGAUAAUAGUUUUGAUUUCGUAUUUAUGAGAUUUCUGGCAUAUGAAAUAACGGAAGAAAGAUUUGAAAAAAAUGUGAUUCCUGAAUUGGUUAGAGUUUUAAAACCAAAUGGAUAUUUAGAAAUUAUGGAUAUUGAUGUUCACGGUGGAAACGAAGGUCCUGUUGCUCAACAAUUGACGUCUGCAGGUAUAAAUUCAAAUAUAACCCAAAAAAUUAAAAAAUUCAUGAACUCUACAAAUAUUGUCGAUGUGCAAUCAUUAGAACAAUUUCAUCCCAUUGGUUCAUGGGAUUAUUCAUGGGAUAAGGAAAUCGGGGAAGCGGCAUUAAAAGAUUGGGAAUUACGUUUGAAUAAUCUUAAAAUCAAUAUUGAACAAAUUUUAGGUAUAAAUGAAGAAGAGUUUAGAGAUUUAAUAAAAUCUUUUGAAGCGGAAGUAGAUAUCUUUCAAACUUAUUGGAUUAGUAGAAGAAUUUUUGGGAAGAAAAAGAUAGAUGAAAAGUGA